AUGACAGGAUCCUUAGUUAUAGCAUCAUUACCUUCUAUUGGAAAACACAAUCAUCAAAUUUCAACACUAAGUGGUAUUGAAGGCAAUUUUACAUUAUCCACUUUUGACAGCUUUAUUAAUAUAUACAAGACUUCACAUCAUUUGGCAUCUGAAGCUGAAAAAGCAUUUGAUAUUAUUCAAUUAUAUUGUGGACAAGAAGGUAUCAAUGAAUUCAACAAAUGUUUGGCAGAAAUUCCACGUUUUCCUGGAUUCAAAUCUUUCAAACAUGGUCUUGGUAAUAUUGAAACUUUUAUGGAUUCUGAACUUGUAAAUUUUCAGUUUAUCAGCUUGUUCACAACAGUUGUAGAUACUGGAAUGAAGUAUCCAAAGUUGCACAAUUGGUGUUAUCAUAUCAUUGAUAUAGUGAAAGAAUAUGGUGCUAUCAAUAGUUUUACCGCUGAGACCUAUGAGUCAUUACAUAGAUUUUGUGUCAAGAUCCCAUAUAGAAUUAGUAAUCACUGA